AUGUAUGGAAUGUUGUAUGAGAGUGUGCAGCACUAUGUGCAGAAGGAGUACGGCAUGGAGGUUUGGAAGAAGGUUUGUCGCAUUGUCGACUGCAAGCACAAUACCUUUAAAACGCAUCAGAUAUAUCCGGACAAGCUGAUGCCGGAUAUUGCCGCAGCGCUUUCCGCCUUUGACUUUUGCAUGAAUUUCUUUGGCAAAUGUUUCGUGCGCUUCUUCAGUAACUUUGGCUAUGACAAGAUGAUACGCUCGACGGGUCGCUAUUUUUGCGAUUUCCUGCAGUCCAUUGACAACAUUCAUCUGAUCAUGCGCUUCACAUACCCGAAGAUGAAGUCGCCGAGCAUGCAGCUGACCAGCAUGGACGACAGUGGAGCGAUUAUAUUAUAUCGUAGUGGACGUACGGGCAUGUCGAAGUACCUCAUUGGCCAGAUGACAGAGGUGGCCAGGGAGUUCUAUGGGUUGGAGAUCAAGGCCUAUGUGGUCGAGAGCCAGAAUGAUAUUUCCGGCGGCACCGCGGGACCCAUAAAGCUGACAGAUGGUCCUCUCACGGUUAUAGUCAAAUAUCGGCUGGACUUUGAUAAUCGCGAGUACAUGGCGAAGCGUGUCAACACUGCGGCGCAUCCGUCACAGCUGAAGAUGCCCACAGUCAAUUUGAAUGUGUUCCUGGAGCUGUUUCCCUUCACCUUUGUGCUCAAUCAUGAAAUGAAAAUAACGCAUGCGGGCGAGAAAAUUGUCGAGACCUGGAUCAUGCAUAAUCCAGGCGCCAAUCCUAAGGAGUUCAUCGGCACGCACAUCUUGGAUCUCUUUUACUGUCGUCGGCCCAAGGACACCACCAUCAACUGGGAAACUUUGAUACAGAUGCGCGCGGUCCUCUUUGAGUUUGAGCUCAUACGCACUGGCCACAAUCGGGCUGCUUAUGAUGCUGUAAUCAACAUGGACUUUGAGAACUAUGAUGACAUGCUGCUCAACGAGGCCCAGAAUGUGGCGUUGGCCAAGGCCAAGGAAUUAACUGAGAAGAAUGCGGAUAAUCCGGAUGAGGAGCCCAGCGAGGAGGAAAUCGAUCCAGCUACCGGCGAACGUCGUGCUUCACAGGGCCUGCGCUCUAUUCUGCUCAAGGGUCAGAUGUUCUAUAUCAAGGAUGUGGACUCGCUGAUCUUUCUGUGCAGCCCCUUGAUUGAGAAUCUGGACGAGUUGCAUGGUAUCGGCUUGUACCUGAAUGAUCUCAAUCCACAUGGCCUGAGCCGUGAGCUGGUCAUGGCAGGCUGGCAGCAUUGCUCCAAGCUAGAAAUGAUGUUUGAGAAGGAGGAGCAGCGAUCCGAUGAGCUGGAAAAGUCCUUGCAGUUGGCCGAUUCCUGGAAGCGCCAAGGAGAUGAUCUACUGUACUCCAUGAUACCACGACCCAUUGCGGAACGUAUGCGCAUGGGUCAUGAGCACGUCUGCCAGAGCUUUGAAGAAGUUUCCGUCAUUUUCAUGGAGGUCAUGAAUAUCUACGACAGCGGUUCAACCAACGUACAGGAAGCCAUGCAGGCUGUCAACGCCUUAAACAAGGUGUUCUCUGCGCUGGACGAGGAGAUCAUAUCGCCAUUUGUCUAUAAGGUAGAAACCGUGGGCAUGGUCUAUAUGGCAGUGUCCGGAGCGCCGGAUAUCAAUCCUCUGCAUGCCGAGCACGCCUGCGACUUGGCAAUGCGAGUCAUCAAGAAGGUGAAGUCCCAACAUUUGCCAGAUGUGGCUAUUCGCGUCGGCAUCAACUCUGGUCCCGUGGUGGCGGGGGUGGUUGGUCUAAAGGUGCCGCGGUACUGCCUCUUUGGGGAUACUGUGAACACGGCCUCGCGCAUGGAGAGCAGCUGCGAUCCGUGGAAGAUACAAUUGUCCACCUAUACGGCCGAGAAAGUGCGAGAUGUGGGCUACAAGGUUGAGUCACGCGGUACAGUUCAGGUCAAAGGUAAAGGUGAAAUGGAAACCUACUGGCUGCUUGGAGGCCCACAAGAUUGAAGAUUUGAAAUAUGC